AUGGGUGCGAGUCACUCUGGUCUCCUUCACAAUGAUUCUUCCUCGUCUUCCUGUUUUGGUAAUCGGAAUCUCUCAAAAACUGGUUUAGGAGAUUUGCCGGAAGCUUGUGUAGCUCUGAUUGUUGAGAAUUUGGAUCCCGUUGAGAUCUGUAGAUUCUCGAAGCUCAAUCGGGCAUUUCGAGGUGCUUCAUGGGCUGAUUUCGUCUGGGAAUCGAAACUUCCUCAGCAUUACAGGGAUUUUCUCGAGAAAAUAUCUGGUGGGUUCCAUGAAAAUCUGCAGAAAAGAGACAUUUACGCUCGUCUCUGUAGGAUUAACUCAUUCGAUGGGGGCACUAAGAAGGUGUGGUUAGAUAAACGAACCGGUGGUGUUUGUCUAAGCAUUUCAGCUAAAGGAUUAUCCAUUACUGGAAUUGAUGAUCGUAGAUAUUGGAAUCAUAUUCCCACUGAUGAAUCUCGGUUUUCUUCUGUAGCUUAUCUUCAACAAACUUGGUGGUUUGAAGUUGAUGGUGAAAUUGAUUUCCCUUUCCCGGUUGGAACCUACAGUAUCUUCUUCAGGCUUCAAUUAGGUCAGUCUGGCAAGUGGUUUGGUCGACGGGUUUGUAAUACAGAACAAGUCCAUGGUUGGGACAUUAAACCGGUUCGGUUUCAACUCUGGACCGAAGAUGGUCAAUAUUCCUCGUCUCAAUGCAUGUUAACCGAGCGGGGAAACUGGAAUCACUACUACGCUGGAGAUUUUGUUGUCAGGGAAUCGAAAAGCUCAUCGACAAAGAUAAAGUUUUCGAUGACUCAGAUCGAUUGUACACAUACCAAAGGCGGGUUAUCUCUAGACUCUGUAAUUGUAUACCCGAGCUCGUGUAAAGACCGGUUGAAGCGGUUUUAA